AGACCACCAUGAAGGCCCUCCUUUGGCUCUCUCUUUCCCUGGCCGUUGUGGCCUCCCCGACCCGACGGGAUGCCGCGCCUACCGUCACCAUUGCGCAGCCAUCUGCCACGAUCAUUGGGGCGGCCGGCGCCGUUGAGACCUUCAACAACAUCCCUUUCGCACAGGCGCCCACGGGGUCUCUGCGUCUGAAGCCUCCGCAGCCAUUGGAAACGGCUCUCGGCACGGUCAAGGCCACUGGUGCCUCCCAGUCCUGUCCGCAGAUGUACUUCACCACCGACGACGACUCCUUCCCCGCAUCCAUCCUAGGCCUGCUCGCGGAUAACCCCUUGGUCCAGGCGGCCACCAAUGCGGGCGAGGACUGUCUGAGCCUUGACAUCCGGCGUCCGGCCGGGACCACGGCGGACUCGAAGCUGCCCGUGCUCGUCUGGAUCUUUGGUGGAGGCUUCGAGCUCGGCUCCAAGGCCAUGUAUGAUGGAACCACUAUGGUAACCUCGUCCAUCAAUACGAACAUGCCGGUCGUGUUCGUGGCGAUCAACUAUCGCGUGGGUGGCUUCGGAUUCCUUCCCGGGAAGGAGAUCCUGGAGGACGGUUCUGCCAACCUUGGGCUUCUGGACCAACGCCUUGCUCUGGAGUGGGUGGCCGACAACAUCGCGGCCUUCGGUGGAGACCCGGAGAAGGUGACCAUCUGGGGCGAAUCAGCAGGCGCCAUUUCCGUCUUCGACCAGAUGAUCCUGUACGACGGCAACAUCACGUACAAGGACAAGCCCCUAUUCCGGGGUGCCAUCAUGGACUCGGGCAGUGUGGUUCCGGCGGAUCCCGUGGAUGGGGUGAAAGGACAGCAGGUGUAUGAUACGGUCGUGUCAACGGCGGGCUGCUCCUCUGCCAACGACACCCUGGCCUGUCUGCGCGAGCUCGACUACACUGACUUCCUCAAUGCGGCAAACUCCGUGCCUGGGAUCAUCGGCUAUAACUCGGUGGCGCUGUCUUAUGUGCCUCGUCCGGACGGCAGCGCCUUGACGGCAUCGCCGGAUGUUCUGGGCAAGGCCGGCAAGUACGCGCGGGUGCCGUUUAUUGUGGGCGACCAAGAAGACGAGGGGACCUUGUUUGCCCUGUUCCAGUCCAACAUCACGACCGUCGACGAGGUGGUUGACUACCUGGCCAACAUUUUCUUUUUCGACGCCAGCAAGGAGCUGCUGCAGGACCUGGUGGCCCAGUACCCCGAUACCACGACGUACGGGUCCCCAUUUCGGACGGGCGCGGCCAACAACUGGUAUCCACAGUUUAAACGGCUGGCGGCCAUUCUUGGCGACUUGGUCUUUACCAUCACCCGGCGGGCCUUCCUCUCCUAUGCAGCGGAGAUAUCCCCGGAGCUGCCGAACUGGUCUUACCUCGCCACGUAUGACUACGGGACGCCGAUCCUGGGGACAUUCCAUGGGAGUGACCUGCUGCAGGUCUUUUAUGGGAUCAAGCCGAACUACGCGGCCAGCUCCUCCCACACGUACUAUCUGAGCUUUGUCUAUACGCUGGACCCGAACUCCAACCGCGGGCAGUACAUGGAAUGGCCGCAAUGGAAGGAGAACCGGCAGCUGAUGAAUUUCGGAGCCAACAGUGCCAGCCUGCUCACGGAUGAUUUCCGCAACGGGACGUAUGAGUUGAUCCUGCAGAAUGUGGCGUCGUUCCAUAUCUGAGGGGGAGGAUGCAAUUGGAGGAGGGUUGGAUGAUGCCAGGGUCAUCAUCGUCAUGUUCGGCCUCGGCAAGGAUAUAUAAUCUAAUAUAUAGUACUGCACUGGAAGCGAU